AUGGAGGUUUUAUCAUCGGAAAGGUUGUUUAUUUCAGUAUGCAAAAGCCAAUACGUAUCAUCGAAACUGGGUCCGUGUGUUGACCUCAGCAGUACAUCGUUUAUAGAGCGCUUCUUUGACCUAAUAUUCACGGAGUUUCACAAUACUCCACCAGCUUGCGUUUGCAUACAAAUGUGCCCCAAACAACCGACAUACUGUUACCCGAACGGAUGUUUAAAAAGACCAGAGAGGAAGGGUGAUGAAAGCAAUUUUGUGAUUGAUUCAAUCCCAAAAUUUCAUGUUGAGGUUUCAACCAAAUCUGCAAUAUUCGGAGUUGAUCAAAAAGAUGUUGAGGGGGAUUUGCUAGAGGAGUCUGCCUUGUUCACGUCGUAUGGAGGAAUGACGGAGAGAUCAAAAAUAACCAAUUUAAUUCAUCGUUUGAUUCCAUUUAAGGAUUUAGUUUUUAAAUACAAUAAAAUACCAAAAUUGGAAAUGAAAUACAAUUUACGAGAGCAGGUUAAGAAUACGAAAUCCGAAAGAUUGAAUAAAGAGAAAAAUAUGGACAUAUCAAAGACAAGGUGGCCGUCAAAUAAACAUUUGCUACAUGGACAAUCAUCUUUAAAGAGGAUGCAUCAUUAUAAGAAAAAUGAUGGUGCAAGGCAAACUAAGUUUUUUGUGUCACUGUCUCCAGAAAACGAACCUUCAAUUUACAGUCCUGUAUUUUAUAAAAAAUAUUUGACAAAACGUGAUAGUAAUGGAAGAGCGGAGAACGCAGUUAAUGUAGAGGCUCUGUAUUUAUAUCGGACUGAUGCAACAAAUUUUACGCUGGAGAAUUAUAUCGAAAAUUUUAUAGAAGGUAGUUUAAAUAAGACAAAAAAAGAUACGAUGAGCAGUUCAAAUACAGUAGUGAACAAUACUGUUAACCAAGAGAAUUCUACAGAGACUAACAUUAACUUAACAGAUAUAAAUUUUCUACUAGAUGAUGAUAAAAAUGCCAAUUCCAUCUUAAACAAUGCGGUGGUAAAUAUAAUUUCAAUGGACUCUACAAAAGAGGAUAUAGAUGUUAAUAAAUACUCACAUGACACUAAUAUGACAAAUCACAAUAUAUUUUUAGAACUAAUAGCAAACAUGUCUAAGAAAAUUGAAUUGCAAAAUCAGGCAAGUUUAGAAUUUAUCGGACGUGUAAUGGGUACUAAACAAAUGAUGUUGAAUGAAUUUGAUACCUCACAUAAACGUGUACGAAAUAACAUUACGACAAGUAAUAUUACUGUUACAGAAAGUAUUAUUGAAUUGGAAAAUUUUACAAAUAUUAUUUUAUUCACAAUAGAGCCUAAGACAGGAAAAAAUAACUCUAAUCUACAGUUCAGUACUACGGAAAAGCCAGUUGUUCCUGUUACAAGAACUUCCAUUUAUAGGAAAAGUAAGAAAAGAGUUAUACGAAAAUUAAAACCGAGAAAAAUAAAUUAA